CGCACACAGCAGCAGCAGCAGCACCAUCACGUCGGAAGAAACGGGAUGAAUCUACGGAAGGGGACAUGAAAACCAACGAUACCAAGCAGGUGCGCUGGGGAAGAUAUGGGAUAAGAAGAUCAAGAUUUUUAAUGACGCUUUACCCAGUCGCUUGUAUCAGUAAAUAAACCCCAACUAUUGUGGCCUCUCGCCUUUUUUUUUUGCGCUUUUUUCUACCCAUUUUCCCUCUACACUGCUGGCACAAAGGCGGUUAUUAUAAGGAGAAGCUGCACCUGGGAUUACAGUCAUUGCGCAAGAGUGAGCGGAUCUGUUACAUCUAAAACGAUGGAAUAAGAAACAGUGACAGUAAGGAAAAGGAGCAGCAUUAAAUCACUUUCUUCUUUUUUUGCCCAGUAUAUCCCCCCGACACCCCCAUCCAUCACCCAGCGAAGACAUACUGUCAUUGUCUCGAAGCGUAUUCUAUACAAUUUUUUAAACGUUGUUUUUGCUGGAAUAAUGCACAAGAAACACUAUUAUUUCUAUAGAUUUUUAGUCCCCUUUUAUUCAUUGCCAGUUUUUUCUCUGAAUGAGCAGCCGGUUUCUCUUGUUCAGGAUGCGACUGCGCAACCUUUGGCGAGUACCAGCAAUUAGGCUGUGUGUUUGUGCCCGGGUUUCCUAAAAGCCUGCAACAAACAGUGCCCCGUUUUUAUUGGACGUGGCCAUUGUUGUCUGUUAAAAGAAAGAAAGAAAAAAAACAACUGUGGCGUAUUGGACUCAGAGGGGUCAAACGGUGCGCCCUUGGCAUCACACCAACCCCCGCCUGAGUGUGAACCAGGGUCGGUCACAGAAAAUAAUUUAAGCACAAUAUGGUGGAGCCCGUUGGUUUCAUAGAGGCUUGGAAGGCACAGUUCCCUGAUUCAGAACCCCCCAAGAUGGAGUUGCGGUCCAUUGGAGGUAUUGAGCAGGAGUUGGAGAAGUGCAAAGCGUCCAUCAGACGCCUGGAACAGGAGGUGAACAAGGAACGCUUCCGCAUGAUCUACUUGCAAACCCUCCUGGCCAAAGAGAGGAAGAGCUAUGACAAACAGCGAUGGGGUUUUAGGAAGACUCCACUGAAUGAAGGGGUAGACCCUGCAGCCACUCAGGGUGCAGAGUCGCCAUCUCAGCAGCCCCACAUGCAGGAGACUGGUGGAGUUGGAGGUGCUGGAGGAUACGCUGUUGUGGAUAGGAGUCGUUUUCAGCAACUUGGAGAUGCUAUGGGCAGGUCCAAACCUAGGCCCCCACCAGCCAGGAAGUCUGCUUCCCAUGGAGAUGGCCUGGAGUCAGCAUUUGACUCACCCCAACAAGCUGAGUCUACUUCCUGCGACAACCUCGAUGGCCUCUCACCAUCUAAGCAGAGGGGUGGUGUGGCCCUGUCCCCCCGCAGGCCCACCCUUCCACCCCCAGACAAGGAGCUGCCUUCUGACCCCAAAGACAAGCUGGGGAUGGGACUUGGUGUGGCAGCUCUCAGGUCCAACUUUGAGAGAAUUAAACGGGCCAACUCUCACUGUGCUGGAGAUGUAGGUAAGGGUCAGGAAAAGCAGCUGCCGCCACCGCCACCCCCAUUCUACACCAACAUGGAGUUCCAUCACGAGAGAGGUUUGGUCAGGGUCAACGACCGCGAUGUGUCGGAUAAAAUCAGCUCCCUGGGUACUCAGGCCAUGCAGAUGGAGCGAAAGAGGUCUCUCCACUCACUCCCAGGCAAUCUGGCAACAGUGGCAGGUGAGCUCCGUGCCAGGCCGGUGUAUAGAGGACGUUCUACUGAGAGCACCUGUGGCUAUGAUGCAGAAUACGAAGACGGGGAGCCCAACCAGCGACAUUCAGGGAGGGCCAAUGGAGGUAAACCUCCUCCUCCUCCUUGGCAACCAUCUGAGUUCCAAGCCUACUCCAGUGUUUACGUUGGUGGAGUAAUGAUGGGUGAAGGUGGCAGUGGAGAUGGACGUGGAGGCAGCAGUGGGGUCACAAUGAGAGACCACAGUGGAGGUGAUGAUCACCUCCUGACCUGGCCACGCCGCUCCUACUCCCCAGGUAGCUUCGAGGAUGCUGGGGGAGGUGGCGGCUACACGCCAGACUGCAGCUCCAACGAGAACCUGACAUCCAGUGAGGAGGACUUUUCCUCAGGCCAGUCUAGCCACGUCUCACCAAGUCCCACCACAGCCUUCCGUCGACCCUUCAGAGAAAAGAGCCGCUCGCCUUCCCAAAAUUCCCAGAACUCCCAGAACUCCUAUGAUAGCAGCAGCCCUCCCACGCCGCAGUCUCAGAAGCGUCACCACAGGCAGCAGGGAGGCCAUGUGGUCAUGUCUGAGGCCACUAUUGUGAGUGUUCGUAAGACAGGUCAAAUCUGGCCGCCUGCUGCCCACCAUGACCUGAUGCCCCACAUGCGAACAUCCCAUGACAACACUUUUCAUGGAGACCACCUAGAUGGUCAUUUUACUGGAACUCCUCCAACAUACGGUUAUGAUGCAGACCGAGCAGAGGAGCAGCGGCGGCACCAUGACAUCCUGCCGUACAUCGAUGACUCGCCAUCAUCCUCGCCGCACCUCAGUUCCAAGAGUCGUAGCAGCCGGGACACACUCUCCUCAGGAUCACUGGAGUCCUCCAAGUCGACGGAGUGUGACCUUGAAAAGGGUUUGGAGAUGAGGAAGUGGGUCCUGUCUGGGAUCUUGGCCACAGAAGAAGCGUACCUCAGCCACCUAGAGGCUCUGCUGCUGCCACUGAAACCAUUGAAGGCAGCUGCUACAACGUCCCAGCCUGUUCUCACAGUGGCCCAGAUAGAAACCAUCUUCUUCAAAGUGCCUGAGCUCUACGAGAUCCACAAGGAGUUCUACGAUGGACUUUUGCCCCGCGUCCAGCAGUGGAGCCACCAUCAGAGAGUUGGGGAUCUCUUCCAGAAACUGGCCAGCCAGCUCGGAGUGUAUCGGGCAUUCCUGGACAACUAUGAGCUUGCUGUGGAGACAGCGGAGAAGUGCUGCCAGGCUAACUCACAGUUUGCUGAAAUCUCUGAGAACCUGAAGGUGAGGAGCCCUAAAGACUGUAAGGAUACGGCCAAGAACUCACUGGAGGCUUUGCUGUACAAACCAGUGGACCGAGUGACGCGCAGCACAUUGGUGUUACAUGACUUGCUUAAACACACACCCACCAGCCACCCGGAUCACUCGCUCCUGCAGGACGCUCUGCGGAUCUCCCAAAACUUUCUGUCCAGCAUCAAUGAGGAGACAACAUCAAGGCGCCAGUCUCUUGCUGGGAAGAAAGGAGAGAACCGCCAGCUGCUGAAGGACAGUUACAUGGUGGAGCUGGUGGAGGGAACCAGGAAGCUGCGGCAUGUCUUCCUCUUUACUGACCUGCUGCUCUGCGCCAAGCUGAAGAAACAGAUUGGAGGUAAAAACCAACAGUACGACUGCAAGUGGUACAUCCCCCUGACCGAGCUGACCUUUCAAGGUCCCGAAGAAAUGGAGCCCCUCACCAUUCCCCAAGUCCCUGACGAAGAGCUGGAUGCCAUUAAGGUCAAGAUCUCACACCUCCGCAGUGAGAUCCAGAGGGAGAAGAGAGCCAACAAGGGUUCAAAAGUAAUCGACCGACUCCGGAAAAAACUGUCGGAGCAGGAGUCCUUGCUGCUGCUAACGUCUCCCAGCAUGCCCCUCAGAUUGUUCAACAAGAAUGGAAAGAGUUACAGCUUCCUGAUUUCUUCUGACUAUGAACGUUCAGAUUGGAGGGAGAUUAUCAGGGAACAGCAGCAGAAAUGUGUUAAAACGCCCUCACUGACGUCCAUGGAGCUGCAAAUAUUGACCAGCUCCUGUCUCAAACUCCAAACUGUCCAUAGCAUUCCACUUAGUUUGAACAAAGAAGAGGACGAAUCCUCCGGUCUCUACGGGUUUCUGAAUGUAAUCGUUCACUCUGCCUCUGGCCUCAAACAGAGUUUAAAUCUCUACUGCACAUUGGAGGUGGACUCAUUUGGCUUCUUUUUAAAUAAAGCAAAGACGAGAGUUUACCGAUACACCACUGAACCCAAAUGGAAUGAGGAGUUUGAGAUCGAGCUGGAGGGCUCUCAGACCCUGAGGUUGCUCUGCUACGAGAAGAGCUACAACAGGACCAAGCUGAACAAAGAAGAUGCAGACAGCACAGAUCGCAUCAUUGGAAAAGGACAGAUCCUGCUCGACCCUCAAAUUCUUCAAGGCAAAGACUGGCAGAGAACAGUUAUUCCCAUGAAUGGGAUUGAAGUGAAACUCUCUAUGAAGUUCACCAGCAGAGAGUUCAGCCUGAAAAGGAUGCCCUCAGAGAAACCCAUGGGCGUGUUUGGAGUUAAAAUCUCCACAGUGACCAAACGGGAACGCUCCAAGGUGCCCUACAUUGUCCGUCAGUGCCUAGAAGAGAUAGAGAGGAGAGGCAUGGAGGAGGUGGGAAUAUACCGUGUAUCAGGGGUGGCCACAGAUAUUCAGGCUCUGAAGACCGCUUUUGACACCAAUAACAAAGAUGUGUCUGUUAUGAUGAGCGAGAUGGACGUUAAUGCCAUCGCUGGAACCCUGAAGCUAUAUUUCAGAGAGCUGCCCGAGCCCCUCUUCACUGAUGAACUCUACCCUAAUUUUGCUGGCGGCAUCACCCUCACUGAUAGUGUUGCUAAAGAGAGCUGUAUGCUGAACUUGCUGCUGUCACUGCCAGAACCCAACCUGGUCACAUUCCUUUUCCUUCUGGAUCACCUCAAGAGGGUGGCAGAAAAGGAAAGCAUCAACAAGAUGUCUUUGCACAAUCUGGCAACUGUGUUUGGACCCACUCUGCUCAGGCCGGCGGAGAAGGACAGCAAGAUCCCCUCUAACCCCACUCAGCCUAUCAGCAUGGGGGACAGCUGGUCUCUGGAAGUUAUGGCACAAGUCCAGGUCUUGCUGUAUUUCCUGCAGCUGGAAACCAUUCCUACCCCGGACAGUAAACGACAGAGCAUCCUCUUCUCCACAGAAGUGUAGAGCCUACACUCACUCUGUCUGGACUCAGAUCAGCAGAGGUGUAAAAAAGGGGGAUGGACACUGGCUCAAAGUGAGCCCAUUGUAGUGUGUUUUUAAAUUGACUUGGAAGGAUUGUCUCUACAGAACACAAGAGGGCAUCACUAAUCUCUUACGCUCAAAGGACUUAAGGUCAUGAUUAUAUACAUCAUUUCCCGGUAGUUAGUAUGAUUCCUGGUAGGUGUAGUUAUUUACCAGGCAAUCUGCUUUUGUCACACUUUGCUUUUUUCUUGUCUCAUAAAUGAAGAUGUGCUAAAAUUCAGUACGUCUUUCUGGACUUCCGUGUACCUUUACAUUGUACUCACGUUUCCAUUUAUUUUGGACAAUCAUUAAGUGUUGCAAAAUGUAUUAUUCCGUCUCAAAUGCUUUUCCUCGUCCAGUCUCUAACCACGUUUUACAUAAUCUCUUCGCAUUAUUUCGGGGUAGCCAAGACAUUUUUUGGCAUUUUAUCACCAUUUUUUGAAAGGCACAAGAAGCCAAAACCUGUGAUUGUGUUUACGACGUAAACAAACCUGGCUGGAGUUGAAAGCUAUGACUUACGAAUUAAUUACCCUGUGCUUUUUUUCCUAUCCCAAAAAAGCUGAUUUCCUUUAUUUGUCUCAUUUGUUUCUUGAGGUAGUCUCCAGUUUAAAUGCACAGGAAGCAAUAUAUUUUCUAAUGUAGGAAUUGUCAAAAAGUUUGUCUUGUUGUAACAUAGGACAUCUUGCCAAACUGUUUGUUGUUUUUAGGGGAGAAAAUGAGGCAUGUUCAUGUUUGUAAUCUUAAAGUUGUAUUUUUUUUUUAAAGUUGUUUACUAUAAUUUAUUUUUUGGGGUCCUGGUGGGGUAAGUAGUCUCUUUUUCUUUAUGAAAGUAGUAGGAUUUAGACUUGAUUUCAGGCCUUGCUGUAAUGGAGCAAGAUUUCAGCCUUGUUUCUAACAAUAUUCGCCCGCGAAUUCUCCAUUUAAAUAUUAUUAUUGAUAUUCUAGAGGUAACGUAAGCAUUGUAGUCCAAUCCUGUAUGCUGCUGUGGAAAGGGUCAAGUGUCUUUAACUGCUGGGUGUUCCUUGGCAGAUUCCUCUCACCUCCAGAGUCUAGUGUAGACUUUAUGCAACAGUCAUAAUACAGAAAACACAUGCAAUUCAUGUAGGACAUUGUGUCUUUUUGUACCAUUUAAUCUUUGGCGACAAAAGUGCACUCAUUGAAUAUUAAAACUACUGUAUACGAAUUUAAGUGGCCUGAGAAUUUUGUGUUUAUGUCCAGUGAAGAGCACAUGUUACUCUUUACCUUUCUUGUUAUUUUACUGUUUCUACUUUAACAUGCAGGCGUGUUUUUAUAUUUUGUUUGCAUUUUUUUGAGUUCUUGUUAUGGAUGACUUUGGGUUUAGAUUUGAUCUCUUGAUGUCAUUAGUUUAUUUUUAUAUAUUUUUUUUGUAACAUAUCUGUUGUCUAGUCAUAGAAAACAUGAAACAUAUGAUCAGGUUCUGUAUACACCGAUCAGCCACAAUAUUGAAACCACCAACUCAUUAUUGCCAUAUUUUAGGCUAAUAUUAGACAUUGGGAAAAUGUCUGCUAUAAUGCCUUUUUCGUGAGGCUUUUACAGGCCUGUGCUGGGCCAUGAUUGCCUGCUACUGGAGGUAAGUGCAAUGAGUGACAUGGUUCUUGUAGUUUUCAAGUUUUCGGGUGUGGAAAAGUAUUGCAAAAAGAAAACGGGGAUCUAAAAAAAGCAUCUAUGUUUCCAGACUCUCUUCUGUAUUCAAACUUCUUAAAAGGAAAACUGGGAUUUUUAAUUACAGAAGCUAAAAGAACUAGUUUUCACAUUUAAUGUCUGCAACAAGUCCAAAUAGCGUCGGGUUACCUUGGUGUCAUCUAUUUCAUCAUCAGCCCCCUAGUUUCUAAAAUGCUGAGAACCAUGCGUGAGCCCUUACUGGUAUCCAGGUUUCUAGUUACAAUUUCAAACUGCUGAAAAUUGUACAUUGUACCGUUAAUGAGAUGCCAGAUAAAGUGCUGACGUUUCAGGAGUUUUCUUUGACUGUAUGCAGCUUUUAGUAUGGCAGCACGGCCCCUCUCACACCUAUUUCCUUGUCACUGAUGGUGAGCUUGCUGAAAGAAGCUUACAACACUUUACCCCUACUUAGAAGAAAGAGAAAUUUGGCUGUCUGGAAAUAUUUCUAGUUAAAAACUUUGACAAAACAGAAUGUCUCCCAACACUGAUUUAAAAGUUAUAUGAAAAGUGUUUUAAAAGUGCAGUUGGCAAGUAACCUGCCAAUAUAGGCUAGCUUCCAGAGCCGAUAGCCUGACUAAUUAACCAUCUUAUAUCCACUUAUUCUACUGCUUAUUGUUGUAUUGUAUGUAAAGAGCAGAAUGGCUAAAGGGUGCGAUAGUCUGUUCAAUACGCACUUGAACACCACUACGUCUAAGUUUAGAAUGUGGUUUGUUUAGAAAAUGUAAAAUGUUUCAAAAUAGCUAUAAAUGCUGUAGAUGCCAUAUUAUAUAUGUUACACUAUUUUAGCAAUAGUUGGACUAUUUGUCGCCUUUCUGUUUUAAAUAAAAGUAAUUAGAUCAGAUUUUGAUUUUAAAUUUAUGUAUAAAAUCUGAGUAUUUUUACUCAGUGUUAUAAUACUGUGAUAAUCUCAUACAGGCCCCUCCCUGCUGACAUCCGAUAACACUCAAAUAAAGCACAAAUUAAGAUAAUAUUUUUAAAAAAUUUAACCUGGGAAAACAUGUCGCUCGAAAAUGGGAAAACUUCGUGAGCCCUCCAGUUAAAGAUUGACGUUGAUAAAUAUCAAAAUCCCAACGUUGUUACAGAGCUCCAGUGAGAAAUCAUUGGUGAAUCUAAGGUGUUGUGGUUGUCAUGUUGUGGUUGACUGUCUAUACGAGACUUGAUGCUAAAAGAGUUUAUUUGUUUUUUUAUCCACGAUUAUCACCAUAAAUAUAGCAUAUGAGCAACUAUGUAAAAGAGAAGCAAGAAAUCAGCUCAUUUGAAUAUAUAAAACCACUGUUGUUUUUCUCUUAAUUUAUUCUGUUGGUUUUUCCUGCAGAAUUGUGCUUUUCCAGCUUCCAGCCACUAUAAUUUCACUUAGUUUCACUCACUGUAGCAGGCUCUUUGCCUCAUUUAGGAUGUGAUAAUUCCAUCAUGUUUCUCCUUCAAACAGAGUCCCAGCUGCCUGUACUUAUCCAAUCCUUUUGUGCCUCAACACUUGCUUUUGUUUACCACCAAAAUUUAUCUUAACUCUACAUGCCAGCUAAAACGCUGGUGGUAAAAAACUUUCAUCCUCCUGUUGCCUUUGCUGAGGACAGCCACACAUCCUUCAUCUACUACUUAUAGGCUAAGACAGGACCUUAAAAUACAAGCAUGGUCUUAGCUUGUUCUGUACAAGAGCAUUCCUUCAUAUGACCUCUGAUGCUGUAAGCGAAUUAAACUCUGUGCUAAAGUUGGUCUUCUAAGGGCGACACAGUUUUAUCUCUUAUAAUGCCCUUUAUGCUGAUUUAUUUAUCCUUCUCGUUUGGUAUAAGAUGGUCUGUUUGAUCUAUUUAUUUAAGGUAAAAUGUCAAAUUAAUGUUAGAAAACUGUCUUAAUAUAAUGUGGUUUCUCUAGUAAAUGAAUCUGCUUCUUCUGCUGUGUUUAAAACAUUUUGUUCUAACUUUGUCUCAGUAUAAGAACCACUAAGUAGGUCUGUCUAACAAAAAUAUUCACACCCCUUAAACAUGUUCACAUUUUAUCAUCUUUUAACUACAAAAUUAAGUGUAUUUUAUUGGGAUUUUAUGUGGCUCACCAACAGAAUGUAUUGUAUAUUUAUGAAGUGCAAGGAUGAGGAUACAUGGUUUUCAAACGUUUUAUCAAAAAAUAUUACAAAAAAUGUGAUGUGCAUUUGUAUUUACAGUAUUUAAAGAACAGCACUUCAGUGCAGUUACAGCUACCAUUCUUUUGAAGUAUGUCUCUACAAGCUGGCUGAAAAUAUUGCUCAUUUUUCUUAUUGGAAGCUCAGACAGAUUAAAUCGAGAGCAUCUACGAUCAGUAAUUUUUAAGUCUUGCCACAGAUUCACAAUUGGAUUUAGAUUUGGACUUUGACUGGGCCGUUCCAACACAUGACUAUUCUUUGAUUUAAACAGUUCCAUUGUACUUCUGGCUGUACUUGGGGUUGUUGUCCUGAUCGAAAGUGUUCCUCCACCCCAUUCUCAAGUUUUUUGCAGCCUCUUAACAGGUUUUCCUCCAGUAUUUCCCUCUGUCCAGCUUCCUGGUUCCAGCUGAAAAAAGUAUACUCACUAGUUAGUUUUUGGUUUCAUCUGAGCACAGCAACUUCUUCCACGUGUUUGUUGUGUUAAGCGGACAGCCAUGUCUUGGGAGGUUUAAAGCUGUGCCGUACUCUUUCCGUUUUUAGAUGAUAAAUUCAGCAGUGUCAGAUUAAAGGAGUCUAAAUGCAAGUGCAUGCUUUACUCUUCAGAUUUUGAUUUGUAUAAAAAAAUUGAAAACCCCAUAUCAUUUUCUGUCUGUUUGACAAAUAAGCACCUCUUUGUGUUGGUCUAUCACAUAAAACCCCAACAACAUACAUUGAAGUUUGUUGCCAUGAUGUGAAGAAAUGUAAAAAAAAAAAGAAAAAAGGUAUGAAUAUUUUUUAAAGGUAUUGUAUCUUUUAACUCUCAGUUCAUGCACUGUCAGCUUAGCGUAUUUAUUUGUUUCGAACAGCAGACUGGCCACUGUGAUUGUUUAGCUAGCUCAUGUGGAUAACCGAAUAGAAAGUGCAGGUUCAGGAAAUUAAGACCCCUUCUUUUCCAUGGACUGUAUAAUAUGUAUAAUACUAGAGAAUACAUAAUUUGGUUUCCCUUUUAUUUAUUGCCUUGUUCACUGGAUCAUUAAGGAUCAAGCAGAUACACCAUUCACCUCUUUGCAAAUCCAACCUGUCAGUUUGUGGUAGAGGAGAGUCUUAUAAUACUCUAAAUCUGUAUUGUUUUGGUCUGUUUGUUACUGUAACUGCAUGUUUUCACCACAGUCUCAGUCCCAGCCGAAAUUCUAAAGUUUUUUCUGUGAGUUUGCCUGAAGAUAUGGUGCACAUUGCUUUAAAUGUGCAUUUAUUGGACAAGACCCUGGUAUUUGUUGCCAUAUUAUGGCUGAUUUUACACAACCUUCUGCUGCCACUUUUCAGAAGUCAUGUCACCAUUACAUUUGCCUACUCUAGGCAAUGUUCUAGUAUUUUUUUUAAAUUGAGGACAUAAUGUUAAACUCCAAGAUGAGACUUGUUGACCAACUAUGUCACUUUCUAUUUUUGAGUCUUUUUUCCUGUUAACUAUUCAAUGUUCUGCCUGUAGAACUGUAAAAAGGAUUACUGUAUUCUGAACGUAAAAACAUGUUUGACUGGCAUUUGCAGCCUAUGUUUGUACGCAAAAACAGUAAAUAAAAUCUCCUGUAUCUACAUAGA